AUGAUUUUGGUCGGUUGUAUUGGCACAGUAAUUGCAACAAUAAGUUUUUUCGAAAACGUUUUGUUAUUUUAUGUUUUUGCACAUUCAAGAAUAUUGCGUAAACGCAGUCUAUUGUAUUUAACGUGUUUAAGUGUGUGUGAUAUAUUUAUCAGUAUUUCGUAUAUCGGUAUCAUGUCGAUACAGGUAUACGCCGAUUAUUAUCAUUCAUUCGCAUUAUUUAAGCUAUGGCAUGAUUAUUUAUGUGUAACAUUCGCUAUAUCACAUAUAACAAUAUGUAGUGCAUCGUUCUUAAUCAUAGCUGCCACUUUUGAAAGAUAUCUUCAAAUGAAUGUUUCCAAUCGAUGUGCAGUAUUAUUUCGUUUUAUUAAGAAUCACCAAAAAGGAGUUGUUAUUAUUGCAUUUUUCUUAGGAAUUAUAUUCCGUGGAACAAUAUUUUUUGAGAUACAGAUAUUUUAUAUCGAGGGAUGUGAAGGAUUUGCAAGCAUGGGUGUCCGGCUAACUGAGCUCGCUCGAAAUCAAUAUUUCGAUGGCAUUUGGAGAUUUUGGGUGCGAAGAAUCGCCACUGUGUUUGUACCAUUUUUCGUACUUGCAUACUGUAAUGCCGCUAUCGUAUACAAAUUGCAUAAAAGUAAUCGUGAGCAAGUUAUUAAGUCAUUUGCCUUCUGUCCUUUGAUGGGAUCACGUGCAAAUAUAUGUCAAGAAAAAACACGCUUAAGAACUGCAACUAGAAUGCUAAUAAUGGUUGUUACAUGUUAUUUAAUUGCCAAUAUAAUUGAUGUUUUUAUCGCUUCAUGGGAAUAUAUUGACGGAGAAUCGCUGAGAAAUUUUGGAGAAUUUUAUACAAUUGCAACUGAUACGUCUUCAUUAUUAUCAGUCUUAUCAGCCAGCUUGAGGCUACCUAUAUAUAUUGCUAAUGAUGAGGUUAUACGUCAUGAAGUAAUAAUCAUUUAUUUAUUACAAGGAUAG